AAACACCAAUCAAACACCCUCACGUUCUUUCAUGCAACAUGUCGCCCACAACCCCACCUUUUUAUUUCCACUGCCAAAUUUAAAUCCAAUUUCUACUAACAGUUUAUUAAAUUUCGCCGACAAUAAAAUAUGCUCAAUUUCCUCACCUUCCAGUUGUAUAAUUUGACGUUUUAAAAGUCGCCCAAGAGAGGAGCGCUGCGCACGAAAGCGAAAAAUGGAGAGAAGCGCUAUUCUCUUCGCCGCGCUUUUGCUUGCCGUGUUUUCUCCCUUUUCCCGGGCAGCUGACUCGUUCGACGACAACUUCAGCAAAAGCUGCCCGGAGAGGAACUUCAAGACCUCCGAAGACGGGCAGAUCUGGCACCUCUCCCUCGAUCAAGAUGCAGGUUGUGGGUUUACGACGAAGCAGAGCUACAGAUUCGGGUGGUUCAGCAUGAAGCUGAAGCUCGUAGGAGGGGAUUCUGCUGGAGUCGUCACGGCUUAUUAUAUGUGCUCGGAUUGCUCGGAAAAAGGAGUGGGGCCGGAGAGGGAUGAGGUGGACAUUGAGUUCUUGGGGAACCGGACCGGGGAGCCUUACAUCAUUCAGACGAACGUGUACAAGAACGGGACCGGUAAUCGGGAGAUGAGACACAGCCUGUGGUUCGAUCCCACUGAGGAUUACCACAGCUACUCCAUGCUCUGGAAUAGCCAUCAAUUGGUGUUUUUCGUGGACGAGGUUCCGAUAAGAGUGUACAAGAAUACGAACUACACCAACAACUUCUACCCGGAUCAAAAGCCGAUGUAUCUGUUCUCGAGCAUCUGGAAUGCAGAUGACUGGGCGACGAGGGGAGGGCUGGAGAAGACGGACUGGAAGAAUGCGCCAUUCGUGUCAUCGUACACGAACUUCAACGUGGACGCGUGCCAGUGGAAGGACCCCUACCCGGCCUGCGUCUCCACCACCACGGAAAAUUGGUGGGACCAGUACGCGGCAUGGCACCUCAACGAUGACCAGAAGUUGGACUACGCCUGGGUGCAGAGGAACCUUGUUAUCUAUGACUAUUGCAAGGAUACAAAGAGGUUUCCUACGUUGCCUGAAGAGUGUUGGCUUAAUCCCUAUGCCUAAAUAUUUCUUCACUAUUAAAAUUUUGCCAUUCUUUUUUUUUUCACAUUUCUAUUGAUGCAAUUUAUUGAUAUCUUACUCAAAUUAUGAUGUAUAUCAAGUGUCUAUGUUUGAAGAGGGGGAAAGAAAAACACUAAUUUUCUUUAUUUUUUGUAUUUCA